AGUGACAUUUAAAGUCACAUAGUGAGCAGCCGGCAGGCUUAGAUUCAGGCCCUUAGCAAACAAGGGACUUGGAAAAUGUCACCCUGAACGCACAGUUGAGAGGACAUGGGAAAAAAAAGGCUGAAGAGCUAAAGUGAUUUCCUGAAUGGUCUUGCUUCUUUUCCUGUCUUGCCUGAUCUUCUACUGUCUGACCUGCUCCUGGUUAAAAAUCUGGGGGAAAAUGACAGAUGCCCAGCCAGCCACCAAUGGUCAGUUGGAGGCCAGCUUCACACUGAGCCAGGAGGCCUCUCCAGCCUCAGACAGCUCGGAGGACCACCUCCAGGGAAAUGGCAGUGCCACCCUCCCGCCAGGGACCCCCGGCGGGGCCGAGCUGGCCGCCCCCCCGAGCCCCGAAGGCGCCCAUCGGCAGAGAAGCUCCAGACCCCCCGCGCACCAGAGGCCCCCGAGAAUCCCCGUUUCUUCCGAUGGCACGUGGCCCUCCCCGGAACCCACCGCCAGCGGGACGGGGACCCAGGGACCAGAAGCCCCAGGUACCAAUGGCCUGUCCUCCCCAGCCCGGCCCCAGGGCCAGCCAGCCAGGCCCCCCUCCAGAGCCGACGAGAAGCAGGCUCACCUCAAGCGGCAGCUCCUGACCAGCUUCAUCCUGGGCUCCUUUGACGACAACUCCUCCGACGACGACUCGGGGGCCAGCUCCUUCCGAGAGUCCCCCCGGAGGGGCAGCCGGGCCAGCCUGGGUGCCGCGUCCUCGGACUCUCCUMACACUGCAAGUGAACCUGAGACCUCGGUCCCCACCAUGAGGCCGAGCAUGUCGGGGCUGCACCUGGUAAAGAGGGGCCGGGAACACAAGAAGCUGGAUGCGCACAGAGACUUCACCGUGGCUUCCCCGGCCGAGUUUGUCACACGCUUUGGUGGGGAUCGGGUCAUCGAGAAGGUGCUCAUUGCCAACAACGGGAUCGCCGCGGUCAAGUGCAUGCGCUCCAUCCGCAGGUGGGCCUAUGAGAUGUUCCGCAACGAGCGAGCCAUCCGGUUUGUGGUCAUGGUGACCCCCGAGGACCUCAAGGCCAAUGCAGAGUACAUCAAGAUGGCGGACCAGUACGUCCCCGUCCCCGGGGGGACCAACAACAACAACUACGCCAACGUGGAGCUGAUCGUGGACAUUGCCAAGAGAAUCCCUGUGCAGGCUGUGUGGGCUGGCUGGGGCCACGCCUCCGAGAACCCCAAGCUUCCAGAGCUGCUGUGCAAGCACGGGAUCGCCUUCCUAGGUCCCCCCAGCGAGGCCAUGUGGGCCUUGGGAGAUAAGAUCGCCUCCACCAUCGUGGCCCAGACCCUCCAGAUCCCAACCCUGCCCUGGAGCGGAAGCGGCCUGAAGGUGGAGUGGACAGAGGACGAUUGGCAGCAGGGGAGGCCAGUCAGCGUCCCCGAGGACGUGUACAACCAGGGCUGCGUGAGGGACGUCGAGGAGGGCCUGGAGGCAGCAGAAAAAAUUGGUUUCCCAGUGAUGAUCAAAGCUUCUGAAGGCGGUGGAGGGAAAGGGAUCCGGAAGGCGGAGAGCGCGGAAGACUUCCCCAUGCUCUUCAGACAAGUGCAGAGUGAGCUCCCGGGCUCACCCAUCUUUCUCAUGAAGCUGGCCCAGCACGCCCGGCACCUGGAGGUCCAGGUCCUCGCUGACCAGUACGGGAACGCCGUGUCGCUGUUUGGGCGCGACUGCUCCAUCCAGCGGCGGCAUCAGAAGAUCAUCGAGGAGGCUCCGGCCACCAUUGCCACGCCGGCCCUGUUGGAGUUCAUGGAGCAGUGCGCCGUCCGCCUGGCCAAGACCGUGGGCUACGUGAGCGCAGGGACAGUUGAGUACCUCUACAGCCAGGACGGCAGCUUCCACUUCCUGGAGCUGAACCCUCGCCUGCAGGUGGAGCAUCCCUGCACCGAGAUGAUCGCCGACGUCAACCUGCCCGCCGCCCAGCUGCAGAUCGCCAUGGGUGUGCCGCUGCACCGGCUGAAGGACAUCCGGCUUCUGUAUGGAGAGUCGCCGUGGGGUGUGACACCCAUAUCUUUUGACACCCCUUCAAACCCUCCCCUGCCUCGAGGCCACGUCAUUGCAGCCAGAAUCACCAGCGAAAACCCGGAUGAGGGGUUUAAGCCGAGCUCUGGGACCGUCCAGGAACUGAAUUUCCGCAGCAGCAAGAACGUGUGGGGUUACUUCAGCGUGGCUGCCACGGGAGGCCUGCACGAGUUUGCUGAUUCCCAGUUUGGCCACUGCUUCUCCUGGGGCGAGAACCGGGAAGAGGCCAUUUCGAACAUGGUGGUGGCUUUGAAGGAACUGUCCAUCCGGGGGGACUUCAGGACCACCGUGGAAUACCUCAUUAACCUCUUGGAGACCGAGAGCUUCCAGAACAACGACAUAGACACUGGGUGGUUGGACCACCUUAUUGCUGAGAAAGUGCAGGCGGAGAAGCCGGACGUCAUGCUCGGGGUGGUGUGCGGGGCCUUGAACGUGGCCGAUGCGAUGUUCAGAACCUGCAUGACGGAUUUCCUGCACUCCCUGGAAAGGGGCCAGGUCCUCCCAGCGGCUUCUCUGCUGAACCUCGUGGACGUGGAGCUAAUCUACGGGGGUAUCAAGUACAUUCUCAAGGUGGCCCGGCAGUCUCUGACCAUGUUCGUCCUCAUCAUGAACGGCUGCCACAUCGAGAUCGACGCCCACCGGCUGAACGACGGMGGGCUGCUGCUGUCCUACAAUGGCAACAGCUACACCACGUACCUGAAGGAGGAAGUGGACAGUUACCGAAUCACCAUCGGCAACAAGACGUGCGUGUUUGAGAAGGAGAACGAUCCCACCGUCCUGAGGUCCCCCUCGGCCGGGAAGCUGACGCAGUACACGGUGGAGGACGGCGGCCACGUGGAGGCGGGGAGCAGCUACGCCGAGAUGGAGGUGAUGAAGAUGAUCAUGACCCUGAACGUGCAGGAAAGCGGCCGGGUAAAGUACAUCAAGCGGCCGGGAGCCGUGCUGGAAGCCGGCUGCGUGGUGGCCAGGCUGGAGCUCGAUGACCCCUCUAAAGUGCACCCGGCGCAGCCCUUCACAGGAGAGCUGCCCACCCAGCCCACACUGCCCAUCCUGGGGGAGAAGCUGCACCAGGUGUUCCACAGCGUCCUGGGGAACCUGACCAACAUCAUGAGCGGCUACUGCCUGCCAGAGCCCAUCUUUAGCAUAAAGCUGAAGGAGUGGGUGCAGAAGCUCAUGACRACCCUCCGGCACCCGUCACUGCCGCUGCUGGAGCUGCAGGAGAUCAUGACCAGCGUGUCGGGUCGCAUCCCCGUCCCCGUGGAGAAGUCGGUCCGCAGGGUGAUGGCCCAGUACGCCAGCAACAUCACCUCCGUGCUGUGCCAGUUCCCCAGCCAGCAGAUUGCCACCAUCCUGGACUGCCACGCGGCCACCCUGCAGCGCAAGGCCGACCGAGAGGUCUUCUUCAUGAACACCCAGAGCAUCGUGCAGCUGGUGCAGAGGUACCGCAGUGGGGCCCGCGGCUACAUGAAGGCGGUGGUGCUGGAUCUCCUGCGGAGAUAUUUGCAGGUUGAGCAUCAUUUCCAACAAGCUCACUACGACAAGUGUGUGAUAAACCUCAGGGAGCAGUUCAAGCCGGACAUGUCCCAGGUGCUGGACUGCAUCUUCUCCCACGCACAGGUGGCCAAGAAGAACCAGCUGGUGAUCAUGCUGAUAGAUGAGCUCUGUGGCCCAGACCCUUCCCUGUCGGACGAGCUGACCGCCAUCCUCCACCAGCUCACUCAGCUGAGCAAGACAGAGCACUGCAAAGUGGCCCUCAGAGCCAGACAGGUGCUGAUCGCCUCCCACCUCCCCUCCUACGAGCUGAGGCACAACCAGGUGGAGUCCAUCUUCCUGUCUGCCAUCGACAUGUAUGGCCACCAGUUCUGCCCAGAAAACCUCAAGAAAUUAAUCCUCUCAGAAACGACCAUAUUUGACGUCCUGCCCUCCUUCUUCUAUCACACUAACAAAGUCGUUUGCAUGGCUUCCCUGGAGGUCUACGUGCGGAGAGGCUACAUCGCCUACGAGCUGAACAGCCUGCAGCACCGGCAGCUCCCGGAUGGCACCUGUGUGGUGGAGUUCCAGUUCAUGCUGCCCUCUUCCCAUCCAAACAGGAUGGCCGUGCCCAUAAGUGUCACCAACCCCGACCUGCUGAGACACAGCACAGAGCUCUUCAUGGACAGUGGCUUCUCUCCACUGUGCCAGCGGAUGGGGGCGAUGGUUGCCUUCCAGAGGUUCGAGGAUUUCACCAGGAACUUUGAUGAAGUCAUCUCCUGCUUUGCCAAUGUGCCCAAAGACAUCCCCCUCUUCAGCAAGGCCCGCACCUCCCUGUAUUCGGAGGACGACUACAAGAACCUCCGAGAAGAGCCCAUCCACAUCCUGAACGUGGCCAUCCAGUACGCAGACCAUUUGGAGGAUGAGGAGCUGGUGCCGAUUUUCAGGACAUUUGUACAGUCCAAGAAAAAUAUCCUUGUGGAUUACGGACUCCGAAGAAUCACAUUCCUGAUCGCCCAAGAGAAAGAAUUUCCCAAGUUUUUCACAUUCAGAGCAAGAGAUGAGUUUGCAGAAGAUCGCAUUUACCGCCACCUGGAGCCCGCGCUGGCCUUCCAGCUGGAGCUCAGCCGCAUGCGAAACUUUGACCUGACGGCGGUGCCCUGUGCCAACCACAAGAUGCACCUGUACCUGGGCGCUGCCAAGGUCAAGGAGGGGGCGGAAGUAACGGACCACAGGUUCUUCAUCCGCGCCAUCAUCAGGCACUCRGACCUGAUCACCAAGGAAGCCUCUUUCGAGUACCUGCAGAACGAGGGCGAGCGGCUGCUCCUCGAGGCCAUGGACGAGCUGGAGGUGGCCUUCAACAACACCAGCGUGCGCACCGACUGCAACCACAUCUUCCUCAACUUCGUGCCCACCGUCAUCAUGGACCCCUCCAAGAUCGAGGAGUCGGUGCGCUCCAUGGUCAUGCGCUACGGCAGCCGGCUGUGGAAGCUCCGUGUGCUGCAGGCCGAGGUCAAGAUCAACAUCCGCCAGACCUCCACUGGCAGCGCCGUUCCCAUCCGCCUGUUCAUCACCAACGAGUCGGGCUACUACCUGGACAUCAGCCUCUACAAGGAAGUGACUGACCUCAGAUCCGGAAACAUCAUGUUCCACUCCUUUGGGGACAAACAAGGGAACCUCCACGGGAUGCUCAUCAACACCCCCUACGUCACCAAGGAUCUGCUUCAGGCCAAGCGCUUCCAGGCACAGUCCCUGGGGACCACCUACGUGUACGACUUCCCGGAGCUGUUCAGGCAGGCUCUCUUUAAACUGUGGGGUUCCCCGGAGAAGUACCCCAAAGACAUCCUGACCUACACGGAAUUAGUGCUGGACUCUCAGGGCCAGCUGGUGGAGAUGAACCGGCUGCCAGGUGGAAACGAGGUGGGCAUGGUGGCCUUCAAAAUGAGGUUCAAGACCCAGGAGUAUCCAGAAGGCCGGGAUGUGAUUGUCAUCAGCAACGACAUCACCUUCCGCAUUGGGUCCUUUGGCCCCAGGGAGGAUCUUCUCUACCUGAGGGCGUCCGAGAUGGCCCGGGCCGAGGGCAUCCCCAAGAUCUACCUGGCCGCCAACAGCGGGGCCCGCAUCGGCCUGGCCGAAGAGAUCAAGCACAUGUUCCAGGUGGCUUGGGUGGACCCCGAAGACCCCCACAAGGGAUUCAAAUACCUGUACCUGACGCCCCAAGACUACACCAGAAUCAGCGCCCUGAAUUCCGUCCACUGCAAGCACAUCGAGGAGGCCGGGGAGUCCAGGUACGUCAUCACGGACAUCAUCGGGAAGGACGACGGCCUGGGCGUGGAGAACCUGAGGGGCUCGGGCACGAUUGCUGGGGAGUCCUCCCUGGCCUACGAAGAGAUCGUCACCAUCAGCAUGGUGACCUGCCGCGCCCUCGGGAUCGGGGCCUACUUGGUGAGGCUGGGCCAGCGGGUGAUCCAGGUGGAGAACUCCCACAUCAUCCUCACGGGGGCCAGCGCCCUCAACAAGGUGCUGGGAAGAGAGGUCUACACAUCCAACAACCAGCUGGGCGGUGUUCAGAUCAUGCACUUCAAUGGCGUCUCCCACAUUACUGUGCCGGAUGACUUUGAAGGGGUCUACACCAUCCUGGAGUGGCUCUCCUAUAUGCCAAAGGAUAACCUCAGCCCGGUCCCUAUCAUCACACCCACUGAUCCUAUUGACAGAGAAGUUGAAUUUCUCCCGUCCAGAGCCCCCUAUGACCCCCGGUGGAUGCUUGCCGGAAGGCCUCACCCAACUCUGAAGGGGACCUGGCAGAGUGGCUUCUUCGACCAGGGCAGUUUCAAGGAAAUCAUGGCACCCUGGGCCCAGACGGUGGUGACGGGACGAGCCAGGCUGGGGGGGAUCCCCGUCGGAGUCAUCGCCGUGGAGACRCGGACCAUGGAGCUGGCGGUCCCCGCGGACCCUGCCAACCUUGAUUCCGAGGCCAAGAUCACCCAGCAGGCGGGCCAGGUGUGGUUCCCAGACUCGGCCUACAAAACCGCCCAGGUCAUCAAGGACUUCAACCGCGAGAAGCUGCCUCUGCUGAUCUUUGCCAACUGGAGGGGCUUCUCCGGGGGCAUGAAAGACAUGUACGACCAGGUGCUGAAGUUCGGGGCCUACAUCGUGGACGGCCUCAGGCAGUACACACAGCCCAUCCUCAUCUACAUCCCGCCCCACGCGGAGCUGCGCGGGGGCUCCUGGGUGGUGCUCGACUCCACCAUCAACCCCCUGUGCAUAGAGAUGUACGCGGACAGAGAGAGCAGGGGGGGCGUUCUGGAGCCCGAGGGAACGGUAGAGAUUAAGUUCAGAAGAAAAGACCUGGUAAAGGCCAUGAGGCGCAUUGACCCGGGUUACAAGAAGCUCGUGGAGCAGCUAGGGACGGCCCAGCUCCCGGAGAAGGAGCGCAGGGAGCUGGAGGGCCGGCUGAGGGCGCGCGAGGAGCUGCUGCUCCCCAUCUACCACCAGGUGGCGGUGCAGUUCGCCGACCUCCACGACACGCCGGGCCGCAUGCUGGAGAAGGGCGUCAUCUCCGACGUGCUGGAGUGGAGGACGGCCCGCACCUUCCUGUACUGGCGCCUGCGCCGCCUCCUCCUGGAAGGCCAGGUGAAGCAGGAGGUGCUGCGCGCCAGCGGCGACCUGGGCCAGGAGCACGUGCAGUCCAUGCUGCGCCGCUGGUUCGUGGAGACCGAAGGGGCCGUCAAGGCCUACCUGUGGGACAACAACCAGGCAGUGGUCCAGUGGCUGGAGCAGCACUGGCAGGCGGGGGAGGGGCUGCGCUCCGCCAUCCACGAGAACAUCAGGUACCUGCGGCGCGACUCCGCCCUCAAGACCAUCCGCGGGCUGGUCCAGGGGAACCCCGACGUGGCCAUGGACAGCAUCGUGUACUUGAGCCAGCACAUCAGCCCGGCCGAGCGGGCCCAGGUGGCCCAGCUGCUGUCGUCCACCGAAAGCCCGGCGUCCACCUGAGCACUCCAGGACCAGGGGCGGGAGAACCCAGGCGACCGGCCACAGGCCCGGCCAGGACCUUGGCGCCUGCUGCGUUAGAGAAACGCAGCGUCCAGGGGACGUGUGCCCUGCCAGGGCGGCUGGCCUCAGCCCACUCCUGCCGGGUGGAGGCUCGGGGCCGGGCUCUUCGCCUCCUUUCCUAUCAGAUCAUGGGAUCCUUUUUUUUUUUCUUUUUUUUUUUACUCUGAGACCAGCACUUGACAUAAACGUGACCUAUUUCAGCAGAAUCAACAGCCAGGUAGGGGACCCCUAGGGACAAGACCAGAGAAGCCCAUUUUUGUACUGAGGGGUGUGCAGAUGCUGCCCGGGUGAGGUUUGUCUGUCUUUUUUAAAUUAUUCAGAUAAUGAAAUGGCAUUUAAUUCCCAAAUGGCCCUAGUGAGCCGCUAGGAUUGUUGGCCCUCGUCAGCGGACGGUCGCUUCUUCAAAGAGACGAAGCAAAAUGAGCAGAAAUGUCCCAGGCUGCAGGCCUUCGGAGGGUCACAGGCUCUGCCCGGCCCUCUCUCAGAGGAGAAGAGGGACCUGCGGGACCUGCCCCCGGGCACACCUCAGGCCUGACCUGGGGACACAGACGCAGGGGAGCCCUCCCCAGGCUCAGGCCCAGCUUGCUCACCAGCGAGCGCCAUGGCCAAGGUCACCGCCACCUCCCCCUUGAGGCCCCUGGGGACACUGUCCCCUCUUCACCUGUUACUUCUGUGUCCUCGGUGGCUUCUGGCACUGAGGGCAGAGCCGCGGGCAGCUGAGGACGAGAUGAUGAAACCCUGCCAGUCUGCUCAGGAAGGACUCGGUGACAGUGUCCCCAGCCCCUGGCCCUGCAGACUGCACCCGCCAGCCCCUCCCGUUCGGGCCUGUGAGGGGGAGAGAUCCGGUCCCGCCAGCCCCUGUGCUGGGCGGUGGUUCCUCCAGGACACUGGACAUUGCACCUGGCCGGUGGCAGCCCAUGGGGCGCGGUGGAGGCCUCGGGCCGAGAUGCGGGAACCUGAGUUAAAAAAAAAAAAAGUCUAGCCAUCAGCAAA